GACAGAAAAUGUGUCGUACCACGAAUACCACGUUUGCCGAGUUUUAACAGAAAAAAAAAUAUCCGUUUUCGAAUCAAAAAUGGAUGACACUAAGGAACAAACACCGAGUUCUGAAUCUAGUCAAACUCCCGCAGGGUCUGAUACAACACCCGUGUCUACUACGGCAAAGUCAAAAAAUGCCGACAAAAAUGAGGCAAAAAGACAAGCAAAACUUGCAAAAUAUGCGGCUAAACAAGCAAAACUUACACAUUUAACUGAAGGUGAAAAAAAGAAGGAAAAAGAGAAGAAGCCAAAAAGUGACAAAGCCUCCAGGAAAGUAGACGAAUUUAUUGAUAAUACACCCCCUGGUGAAAAGAAAGAUAUGUCCAAACCAAUGGCUUCCGCUUAUAAUCCAAAAGCUGUUGAAGCUGCUUGGUAUGCAUGGUGGGAAAAUCAAGGCUUUUUCAAACCUGAAUUGACUCCGGAUGGUAAACCUAAGCCCGAAGGGAUAUUUGUUGUUCCCGCUCCUCCACCAAAUGUGACAGGUUCCCUUCAUAUUGGCCACGGUUUGACCGUAGCUAUCCAAGAUACUUUAAGUAGAUGGAAUCGAAUGUUAGGCAAAACGGUAUUAUUUAAUCCAGGGAUUGAUCACGCAGGUAUUUCAACACAAUCUGUUGUUGAAAAGAAGUUAUGGGUUGAAAAGAAGCAAACACGUCAUGAUCUUGGACGUGAAGCAUUUGUUAAUGAAAUUUGGAAAUGGAAAAAUAAAUAUGGCGAUCGUAUCCAUUCACAAUUAAAACGACUUGGAGGUUCUUAUGAUUGGGAAAGAGCUGUUUUUACAAUGGAUGAAAAACCAAGUAGAGCUGUCAUUGAAACCUUUUGUCGAUUGCAAGAAGAAGGAAUUGUUUACAGAUCAACUCGGUUGAUAAACUGGUGUGUUAGACUUAACACAUCUUUAUCAAAUCUUGAAGUUGAAAAUAAAGAAAUAUCCGGUCGUAUACUAUUAUCAGUUCCAGGGUACGAUCCAGAGGAAAAAUUUGAAUUUGGUGUUUUAACAUCAUUUGGAUAUCCUAUUGAAAAUUCUGAUGAAAAAAUUGUUGUUGCUACUACUCGUCCUGAAACAAUGCUUGGUGAUACCGGCAUUGCUAUUCAUCCAAAAGAUGAGCGUUAUAAGCAUCUUCAUGGCAAGUUCGCCGUUCAUCCAUUUAAUGGAAGAAAACUUCCUAUUGUCCUCGACGAUAUUGUAGUAGACAUGACAUUCGGUACUGGUGCUGUCAAGAUUACACCAGCCCAUGAUUUUAACGAUUAUGAAGUUGGUAAACGACAUAAUCUCGAAUUUAUCAAUAUUUUAAAUGAUGACGGUACUUUAAAUGCAAACGGUGCUCCUUUCCAAGGAAUGAAAAGGUUUCAUGUUCGUGAGGCAGUUGUUAAUGCACUUAAAGAAAAAGGCUUAUACGUUGGAACGAUAGAAAACCCUAUGACCGUUCCUGUUUGCUCUAAAUCAGGAGACAUUAUCGAACCACUUUUAAAACCUCAAUGGUGGGUUAGUUGUUCUGAUAUGGCAAAAAACGCAAUGAAGGCAGUGAAGGAUGGAAAAUUGCGCAUUUCCCCCUAUACCUCAGAAAAAGAGUGGUUCAGAUGGCUUGGUAAUAUUCAGGAUUGGUGUAUUUCGCGUCAAUUAUGGUGGGGCCACCAAAUUCCUGCUUAUUUUAUAAAAUUAUCGAACCAGGACCAAGAUCCCUCGGAUGGAAAAUAUUGGGUAUCAGGUCGUAAUAUAGAAGAGGCUCAAGAGAAAGCAAAUAAAAAAUUUCCGGAUGUUGAGUUGACCUUAGAACGAGAUCCAGAUGUGUUAGAUACUUGGUUUUCUUCCGGAUUAUGGCCAUUCUCUAUUUUCGGCUGGCCUGAUAAGACAAGCGACUUAGAAAGUUUUUAUCCGACAUCGCUUUUAGAAACUGGAUGGGAUAUUUUAUUUUUCUGGGUAGCUAGAAUGGUUAUGUUGGGUAUUAAGCUAACUGGACAUGUUCCUUUCAAUGAAGUUUUUUGUCACGCGAUGAUUCGAGAUGCACAUGGGCGAAAGAUGAGUAAAUCUUUAGGCAAUGUAAUUGAUCCAGUAGAUGUAAUUCAAGGUAUAUCAUUAGAGGAAUUACAUGCUAAAUUAUAUGAAGGUAAUCUUGAUAUACGCGAGAUUGAAAAAGCUAAGGCUGGUCAAAAAGCUGAUUUUCCAAAUGGUAUUCCUGAAUGUGGUACUGAUGCAUUGAGAUUCGCGUUGUGUGCAUACACUUCAGCAGGUCGUGAUAUAAACCUUGAUAUUCUUCGUGUGGAAGGAUAUAGAAAAUUCUGUAAUAAAUUAUGGAAUGCAACUAGAUUUGCAUUAAUGAAAUUAGGAGACGAUUUCAUACCAAGAGAAAAUGCUAAAAAAACUGGCAAAGAGUCGCUAGCCGAACAAUGGAUAUUACACAAAUUAAAUCAAAGUGCAACAGAAACAAACAAAUCUUUACAUGAAAGAAACUUUAUGGCUGCUACUACUGCAAUACAUAACUUUUGGUUAUAUGAACUUUGUGAUGUUUAUAUUGAACUGAUAAAACCAUUAACAGAUGCCGAUACAUCAAUUACUGACAAUGCAAAUCGUAAACGAUCAGCUCAGGACACAUUAUAUACUUGUUUAGAAGCUGGUCUCAAGCUACUUCACCCAUUUAUGCCAUUUGUGACAGAAGAAUUAUAUCAACGUUUGCCUCGACGUUCUGCAGACAAUAUUCCAACGAUCGUUAAGGCCAAAUACCCUGUUGAGGAACCAGAGUAUCAUAAUCUACAGUCAGAAGAACAAUUUGAACUUGUAUUAACUGUAAUAAGAGCUGCUCGGUCUCUAACAGCUGAAUAUAAUAUUCAGUCUAAUGCCUCAUUAUUCGUUCAGACUGCCUCUGAGAAAACUGCAAAUUUGCUAACUUCACAUGAACAAAGCAUUAUUACUUUAGUAAAAAGUGCCAAAUCUGUGCAUGUUUUCCAGAAAGGCGAAACUAUUCCAGCUGGCUGUGCUUUAAGCACAGUAAAUGAUGAAAUAAACGUACUAUUAAUGGUUAAGGGAUUUAUCGAUAUUGAUGCUGAAGUUACAAAAUUCCAAAAUAAGCUCGAGAAAACAACUCAAUCUCUAUCAUCACUUCAGAAAAAGACUUCAAUCCCCGAUUACGAAAACAAGGUUCCAGAAGAUGUAAGAGAAGCUAAUGAAACUAAGCUUAAAAAUUACCAAGCCGAAAUUGAUGCUUUGAAUCAUAGUAUUCAAAACUUUUUAAAAUUAAAAGAUUAGACCAGUUAUAUGUAAAACAAAUAUGUUUAAUAGUAAUUUAUAACAUAUAAUAAUAUAUAGCAUAAAACUUUGUUUGAAAAUCAUU